UCCAGGUGUGCACAGCUGCAUGCUCCUGUCUGUGUCCCCAGGCCAGGGUCAGGAGACCAAUCCAGGAUGAAGUCCCUGGAGCAGGAUGCCCUCAAGGCCCAGAUGGUCAUUGCCAAGUCCAAGGAGGGCAGGAAGCGCAGCCCCCUGGAGCAGCUGGCAGAGUCGCCGUCCCCCGCGCCCACGCCGUCACCCACACCCAUGGAAGACUGCAGCCCCAGGAACGUCACCUCCCCAGGAAGGCUGUCAAUGUCUGAAAAGAAGUUUGACUACCGGGAAUUUGCUGCUAUUCCUUCCUCCAAACCUGUUUACGAAAUCCAGUCCCCUGAUGCAGCUGAUGACCUCAGGCACGUGGAUGAGUGCAGUAACUCAGGUAAGCCCAGCCCAGGCAGUCCUGGCUGUCCUGGCUGUCCCUGCUCUGGGUCUGGAGGGCUCUCCUGCCUUGUGGGACCCCCUGAGCCCCUCACCUUGUGCUGCCUGAAGCAAUGCCAUGUUCUGUCUGUUCUAGAAUGACAGCUCCACGCUUGCCACGUUCAUUUUGGGUAGGAGAUUUGCACAUUUGCAUUGUUUUCAGUGAUGACUAAUCUGUGUGCUGUGUUGCAAGCAUGCCUGGUUUUCAUGCCAGCUUUGUCCUGGAGUGGAGUGGCAGCAGGAUGUGGCAGGGAGGUUUUGGGCUCUGUCACCUCAGAGUUCAGUGUCCCUCAUGCAGGGGCUCCCUGGUGCUCCUUUUUGAUGGAACAGGGAAUGGUGGAGGUGAAUUCAUCCAAGGUGCACCCAUGGGCAGUGACCACCUCGGUCAGCAGGAGUUACAGGUGUGCACCUGGAGCUCUAGGCUGUCCAGCUGGGCUGUGGGUCUGUCCAGCUGG